GCCAUUUGAAACUCAUGUUGUCGCAGUGGUUAAAUGAGAGAAUGCUGCCAUCUAGUGUGCGAUUUGACUCAACCCCAAUGAGACUAUAAGGAACUUAACAUGCAGCAAGUGACAACGACAAAAUCAAAACGCUCCCAUUAUAAGCAAUGAAGCUGCGUAUCUACAUCAAUGCGGAGCGACGCUCUGCCAUUCCACCUCAAAUGGAAGAAGAGAAACUAAUCCAUGAAGUGGAGAAGAGAGGACUUCAGCAGUAAACAAUCUGGAGAGAAGCUGCCAGAGUGCUGGAAGAGAGAAGUAUGAAAAGGCAAGAAUCAAAGCAAGAUGAGGAAGUUAAAGAUGAUUUUGCAAAAAGGCCCAGAAGAACCUCAACAGAGUCAGAGGUUGAGGUGUCAGGAAAACCAGCUUCACCUGUUUCCAGCUGUGCAUCCAUGAAGAGUGAUGCAUCCAUGAACUGGCAGGACAAGUUUUGCCAAGGACAAACAAGCACUGGAAAAAGUGCUGAAACAGGGAGACCACAGUCACCAUCUCCUAGCUUUAUCUCUAUGAAGAGUAACAAGUCACUAGACCGACCAAUAAAGUUCAACCAGGGAGAAAAGAGCAGUGGAGAAAAUUGGCCAACCUCAGCAACAGCACUACAGGGAUACACACUGCGAGACACCUCUGAACACCAGGAGGGGACACUCUGCCCAGAGCACAACAUGCCUAUGGAAGUGUUCUGCAAGACAGACCAGACCCUGAUCUGUAAACUGUGCCCAACUCCAGAACACAGAGGCCACAAGAGAAGAUACAUGAAAAGAGACAGAUCAGGAAAACCAGCUUCACCUGUUUCCAGCUGUGCAUCCAUGAAGAGUGAUGCAUCCAUGGACUGGCAGGACAAGUUUUGCCAAGGACAAACAAGCACUGGAAAAAGUGCUGAAACAGGGAGACCACAGUCACCCUCACCUAGCUAUAUCUCUAUGAAGAGUAACAAGUCACUAGACCGACCAAUAAAGUUCAACCAGGGAGAAAAGAGCAGUGGAGAAAAUUGGCCAACCUCAGCAACAGCACUACAGGGAUGCACACUGCGAGACACCUCUGAACACCAGGAGGAGAGACUAUGCCCAGAGCACAACAUGCCUAUGGAAGUGUUCUGCAAGAGAGACCAGACCCUGAUCUGUAAACUGUGCCCAACUCUGAAACACAGAGGCCACAAGAAAAGCUACACAACAAAAGCCAGGGUCCUCCAGGAGCUUGACACAGUGUGUUUACUUGAGCAAAUACUACACAACAUAGACAAGAAUGAGUUCAUGAAUUAUCUGUGUCAAAAUUACCCCGAAUGCUUUGAGUCUCCUCAGGAUGCUCAUGAUGUCCAUGAAGCAUCUGAACUUGUCCUGGAGAGCUUUGGCUCAGAGGGUGCUCUAAAGAUAGCUUUAAAGUUCAUGCUGGAGAAAGGGAAAAACCUUAAGAACGUACAGGAUCAUCUUAAGUCUAAACUACAAGAUCAUCUUAAAUCUAAAUUUGAGUGCAUACGUGAGGGAAAUGCUCAACAAGCGAAUCCAAUCCCUUUAAAUGAGAUCUUCACAGAGCUCCUGAUUACAGAAGGAGGGAGCGGAGAUGUGAAUAUAGAACAUGAAGUCAGGUUGAUCGAGGAAGCAUCAAAAAACAAAGGCAUUCGAGAGAACGCAAUAAAAUACAACAACAUCUUUAAACCUUUACCUGGACAGAGAAAACGCAUCAGAACUGUGCUCACAAAGGGCAUCGCUGGGAUCGGGAAAACAGUCUCUGUGCACAAAUUCAUCCUGGACUGGGCAGAAGGGAAGGCAAACCAGGACAUCGACUUCAUGUUUCCACUCCCUUUUCGUGAUCUGAAUUUGAAGGAAAAUGACAAAUAUAGCUUAAUUCAACUUCUUCAUCAGUACUUUCCAGAACUCAAAGAACUACAAACUAUUAGGAGUGAGGAAGUAAAGACUGUGUUUAUCUUUGAUGGUCUGGACGAGUGCCGACUUCCUCUUGAUUUCAAGAACAAUGAAAUGUGCUGUGACCCUACAAAGAAAACGUCUGUGGAUGCGCUGCUAACAAAUCUCAUUCAGGGGAAUAUACUUCCCUCUGCUCUUCUCUGGAUAACCUCCCGACCAGCAGCAGUCAGUCAGAUCCCUCCUGAUUGUGUUGACCAGGUUACGGAGGUCCGAGGAUUUAAUGAUUCUGAAAAAGAGGAGUACUUCCGGAAGAGGUUCAGUGAACCAGGCCUUGCUGACAGAAUUGUUGCACAUAUAAAGUCUUCAAGGAGCCUCCACAUUAUGUGCCAUAUUCCAGUCUUCUGUUGGAUAUCAGCCACAGUUCUGGAGAAAAUGUUAGAUAAACCAGACUGUGAAGAAGUGCCUAAAACUCUGACUCAGAUGUACACCCACUUUCUUAUUAUUCAAACUCAAAUGAAGAACAAGAAGUACCAUGGAGUGAUUAGGAACGAUAUACACAUGACAAAAUUGGACAAGGAGGUGAUCUCAAAACUAGGAAAUCUAGCGUUUCUGCAGUUGGAGAAGGGAAAUCUUAUUUUCUAUGAAAAAGAUCUGACAGAAUGUGGUAUAGAUGUCAGCAAAGCAUCCGAGUACUCUGCAAUUUGCACAGAAAUCUUCAAAGAAGAGUUUGGAUUAUACCGGGAGAAAGUCUUCUGCUUUGUGCACCUGAGCAUUCAGGAGCAUCUCGCUGCAGUGUAUGUGCAACUCAAAUUUAUAAACAGCCACAUAAAUGUACUCAGUCAAGACCCAGAGAGCAAUACCUUGAAGAUGUCAGAUUUGCACAAGAGUGCUGUGGACAGAGCCUUGCGGAGUCAGAACGGACACUUUGACCUUUUCCUUCGCUUUCUUCUUGGUCUUUCACUUCAAUCCAGUCAGGUUCUUUUGGGAGAUCUACUGUCAAAAAGUUGUGUGGAAAGCUUUGAGGAAACUGUGGACUACAUUAAGGAGAAGAUCAAAAAUGAAUCUUCAGCAGAAAGGGCCAUCAAUCUGUUCCACUGUCUGAAUGAAUUGAAUUACAACUCGUUGGUGGAAGAAAUCCAGAGUUUCUUGAGAUCAGCCAGGCAUUCUCAGACAGAGCUCCAACCUGACCAGUGCUCUGCUCUGGCCUAUGUGCUGCUAACUUCAGAGGAUGUGCUGAAUGAAUUUGACUUGAAGAUGUACAACACAUCUCCUGAAGGAUAUCGGAGGUUGUUACCAGUUGUCAGGACUUCAAGAAAAGCCAUUCUUGCUGGUGUCAAUCUCACAAAUGAAUCUUGUGAAACUCUAACUUCAGUUCUCCAAUCAUCUAACUCACAUCUGACCGAACUGGACCUCAGCUCCAACAGUCUGGGAGAUUUAGGAGUCAAGUUUCUCUGUGCUGGGCUCUCAGAUCCGCAUUGUAAAUUAGAGAAACUGAAUCUCAGUCACAAUGAUCUAGAAGACAUAGGAGUAAAGCUGCUUUGUGAAUGUCUGAUGAGUCCACACUGUAAGCUGCAGACACUUGGUUUAGCUGGCACCAGCUUCUCAGAACAAUCUUGUGAAUUGAUGGCCUCAGUUUUUGAGUCUGUAAAUUCACAUCUGGAACAGCUGGACCUUGGCUGCAACAGCAUGAAAGACUCUGGAGUGAAGCUGCUUUCUGCUGGACUGAAAAGUUUACACUGUAAACUAGAGAAACUUGGGUUGGACAAAUGUGACCUUACACAUGAAUCUUGUGAAGCUUUGACAGCUGUUCUGCAGUCAAGCAACUCAUGCAUGAGAGAUCUGGAUCUUAGCUACAAUAAACUGGGAGACUCAGGAAUGAAGUGGCUCUGUGAUGGACUAACACAUCCAAACUGCAAACUGGAGAAACUUGAUCUCAGCUACAAUAACCUUGGCCAUUCUGGAGUAAAAGUUCUCUGUGCUGGACUGAUGAACCCAGACUGUAAACUGAAGAGUAUAAGACUUGCUGAUGUUGGCAUUCUGGAGGGGACAUGUGAAACUCUCACCUCAGUUCUAGAGUCAGCAAAUCCACACCUGAGAGAGCUGGAUGUCAGCAACAACUACAUGGGAGAUUCAGGAGUGAAACUGCUAUGUUCUGGACUGCAGAGCCCAAACUGCAAACUAGAGAAACUGAGACUGUGCUGGUGUAAUAUCACAGACAGAUGCUGUUCAAAUCUAGCCUCAGUGUUGAGUUCCCUCUCUUGCUUGAGAGAACUUGAGCUGAGAGACAAUGACCUGCAGGAUUCAGGUGUGAAGCAGCUUUGUGCUGGUCUUCAGGAUCCACAGUGCACACUGCAGAAACUGAGUCUUUCAGGGUGUUGUGUUACAGAAGAAGGUUGUUCUGCUCUAGGUUCUGCUUUGAGCUCAAAUCAUUCAGAGCUAAAAGAGCUUGACCUCAGCUAUAAUCAUCCUGGAGAACAAGGGUUGAGACAGCUGUCCACCAUACUGGAUGAUCCAUGCUGUAAACUGGAGAAACUGAAUGUGGAAUACUGCAGUGAGUUCAGAAACAAACCAGGACUGAAGAAAUAUGCCUGUGAAAUCACGUUUGACCCAAACACAGCACACCGAACCCUGUCUCUGACUGGGAACAGAAAGGUGACAAUGACGAAAGGGGAGCAGCCGUACCCCGACCAUCCAGACCGGUUUGAGUUCUAUGCUCAGCUUUUGUGUAGAAAAAGCUUGUGCAGGGCUCGCUUCUACUGGGAAGCUGAGUGGACUGGGGAUGCUGUUUACAUAGGGGUGACUUACAAAGGGAUCAACAGGAAAGGUCGUGGGAAUGAUUGCAAACUGGGAACAAAUAACAAAUCUUGGAUUCUGUUUUGUUCGGAUGAUGAGUGUUAUGUCAGUUACAAUGCCAAAGACACUGCCAUUCCUUCUCCCAACCCCUCCAAAAGAAUGGGAGUCUAUCUGGACUGGCAAGCUGGCACACUCUCCUUCUAUAUCAUUUCCCCGGAUAGAGCGUACCACACAUAUACAUUUCACACCACCUUCACUGAGCCCUUGUAUCCAGGCAUCAGGGUUCAUAGCUAUAAUGGUACAGUCACAUUAUGUGAGCUAAAGUAACACAUGAACACACAUUUUAAGGAAAACAUUGGAGUAAAUGGCUGUCAAACUCUGGUCCUUUUAAUGAUGAGUUCAUGGUUCAUGCAGAUCUUCUCAACCAGUCCUCUGAAUUCUGCUACCAUAGGAUACUAAUAGCUUACUCAUAUAAUACGUGUUUGGAUGCAUCUGCACUUGUUAUGAUUCUCCAUUCAUUUAUUCACCUUUUUCCUUUAAUAUGUCACCCAUCUGUAUGUUCACCCUUUAUUUAUUUUGUUAAUUAUUUUGUUAAUUGGUGUUUUUGUGUCAUGUUUUGUUUUAUUUAUGUAGUUCUUUAAAAGAGAACAGGAUGUUUACAGCUCAAAUGCAGUCAUUUUAUUUACCAUUUAACACCACUGGUGAACCUUAA